AUGAGAAUCUUCAUUAACCACGUUGACACAUACACGGGAUACGCCCUGUGUGCUGGACUGCGCCGAUUCAAUGGCGUCACAAAUCGAAUGUUUGGGACCGCCAAAGGCAGUCGAGAUGAGGCAGACGACAAGGAAACCCAGCCAGCGACACAGGGGGACGCGGAGUGGAGUACGGAGCCCAAUCGGUUGACUGUUCCCGCGUCGAUUCGACGGCUAAUCUUCAAGAGAAAUCCACAGCAAUUGCUAAAGAAUCUUCUUUCGUGUUCACUGAUUGUGUACGACCUCCACACUACGGAUCCGGACGAAGUCGAAGACAUUGUUAAGAAGCUACGCCGAGCAGCAAUCGAGAAACCGACAGUUUUUGUAUUAAUAUCGUCUGUAAUGGUUUGGGCGAAAACCAAACAGGAGUUCGUAGAACGGGAUCCCGAAGAGGAAACGCAAGGUGACGACGGCGACGAUGCGUCAAGCGGGAAGCGAUCUGAGCAGAAGGCCAGUGACGAGGAAGAGAAUGGGGGUGGUGAUAGUCGAGAUGACGAGGCUAAUGAGGAUGACUCGGACGCAGACAGCGACGACAGCGAAGAGGAGGAACCAGUUGAAGAGAAAGAUACAGAAGAAGGAGCAGCACAGGAAGAAGAUGAACCCCUGCCUGAGAGAUUCAAAGGAACAAAGUCCAUUUCGCGCCUCAGGAAACCGCGCAAAUCGAGUCCGCCGGAGAGGGUACUAAAGCCAAGGCUGUUAACGGGAUCAGAAUUUGAACGCCGCAUUCCAGCGAAACGCUAUGAGAAAUGGAAGACCAUAGAGACGCUUGUUAUGUCUCUUGGCUCCAAAGAGAACCUGACCACCUACGUUAUUGCAGCUGGAGCAAUGUACGGACAGGGAGAAGGGCCUUUUUAUGCUGCCUUCAAAGCGGCGUGGUUAGGCCUUCAAACUCACAAGAUCAUCAGUCCGGGAAACAACUUUGUGCCGACCAUCCACACACGCGAUCUGGCGAGCCUAGUCAGGCGACUGGCCGCAGGGACUAGCGAGGAGCCCUAUCACAUCGCUGUGGACAUGUCCCACGUGACGCAGUACGACAUCAUUCAGACGAUUGUCAACCGUGUAGGGCAGCCGUACGAAGUCGAAGAGGUUACACAGGAACAGGCCAUGCUCUUUGAAAACGCAGAUCUGCUGACGGUCGACUUGCGCAUGGUUCCCUCAUCCGAAAUGACUGCCCUGGACUUCCCGUGGUUGUGUAAAGAAGGCCUCCCUGCGAAUAUUGACAGAGUCGCUGCUGAGUUCUGCAAGUGGCGGAACUUGAGACAAGUCAAAAUCCUCGUUGCGGGCCCGCCGGGAAGCGGCAAGAGCCUUCUGACAGGCUUACUUGCGGCGAAACUCAACACUCCUGCAGUCCGUACACAGGACGUCGUGGACGCGUCGAAACUGAAGGGCGACGAGUUGGGGAGUCUGCUCCGAGAAAAGUGGUCUCAGUUGGUGGAAGACCAGAAGAAGAAGAAAUCGAACGGUCCAGGCGCUGGAACCAGCUCGGGUGCAAACACGAGCCGACGAGUGAGAUUCGACGUGGAGACGAUGACGAAAAUCUUCAACGCAAAACUCAGCGAAAACGUAUGCAGAUUCAGGGGAUUCGUCCUCGAUGGAUAUCCGAGAACAUAUCAAGAAGCUGCAGCGCUGUUUCUGCGGCCGAAGAAAAAGGAGGACGGCGGAAAAGACGGCAACGCGACCGAGGACGGAGACGCCGGCGGGGAUUUGGAGGAGCAACCCAGUGAAGAAGAGCCGCCUCCUGCAGAAAUGGAAUUUGAACCCCUUAAAGCGCCUGACUACGUCAUCAUUCUGAAAUCUGCUGAUGUCCACUGUGAGGAGCGAAUGAUGAAUGUGCCUCAAAACCAGGUCAUUCCAGGGCACAACGACCGAGACGGCUUUUUCCGGAGGCUCGCUCAGCAUAAGCUAACAAACGAAAGUGUGCACGGAGAACCGUCUCUGGCCGAUUUUUUCCAGGUGAGCCUUCCACCGUGGCGCCUGUGGCGACUGAAGACCGCAAAAAGCAGAGGGAGAACUGCCUAG